AUGGAGGUGCCGCACACGUUUGUGCGCACCGUCAAGGCGCAAGACUUGCGAUUUGGCCAAGUGGACAGCGUGCUGCACAGCAUUAAAAGCAAAAACUCACCCACGUGGGUCAUCUUCUCCUUUGCGGAUCAGCGAGAGAAGCGAAACACACUUCGAGUGCUUGCGUCAGGACAAGGGACCAUCUCGGACUCUUCCAAAUGGCCCCCAGAGCUUUUCUCGUCCAAGUCGCUGUGCUACGGACUAACGAGCGUCGAUUGCUAUGACGAGAACUCGGCACCUACCAACGUACUGUCCUUCUGUUGGAAAGGAAGGGAUCUGCCGAUUUAUCUUCGAACAAAGUAUGCAGAAUUUAACUACGUUAUUCGGAAACACAUGGGUGCAGUUGCACACGUCACGCUGCACAACCCAGAAGAGCUUAUGGACGGUACGGUGUUCAUGCAAACCCCACGACGACGACCACGAAGUUCAUCAAGGCGUUUUGUUACAAACGAUAUUGAGUUCACUCCGGAAGUGACGGACACUGUGCAAGAUAUUCGGUCGGAUAUCUCACCAUUUAAUUGGGCUGUGUGCGGCUAUGACAACUCGGAUGUAGAGAGCUCAACUCAGCGAAUGAUUGUCGUUGAAAGGGGCAUGAAUGGGUUGUACGCGCUGAAAGGGAUUGGUGGAAUCACGUCGGUGCUUGAGGAAGGAAGCACGAUGUACAUUUACUUACGAGUAGAUGUUCCAUUGCAUCGCGGAACUGAGCGGAUUGUAUCAAAAUACGUGCUAGUCACAUGGCAAGGCGUGGACAGCGGUUGGAGCGGGGGAACUUCGGAUGAUGAAAGCGAGUUGUGGUUUGGUCCAGGCUCGAACGGAGAGCGAUCGCCUCAGCGCCGAGAUUCGUUCGCAUCUAGCUCCAAACUUCAGCGCGCCGUUACUGCUCAUGUCCACGGUAGCGACAUUUAUCGUGUGUUUCCCCACCAUGUACAUUUCUUUGCCAGUGCUUUGUCGGAGAUGUCUGAAGAAGCUAUUCGAGAGCGCAUCAGACGCGCAGUGGAUAAUGAUUCUAUGCUGCUUCGAGUUGUUUGUAUUCAAGCGACUGGCGAUACCCAAGCGCCGGUAUGCUUAGAAAUACCAUUAGAUGCUACAGUGGGUGUACUUCGACAGGAGAUCGCUUCAAACAUUGGCAUUCCGAAGGAUCGCCAGCGUAUUGUGUGGAUUCGGCAGACAGAGGACCUUGCAAAAGACUCACAACUAUCGACGGCACUCAUGCUGGAGAACGACACCGCUAGUAUUCGAAAAGACAUCGGGCUCGCCCAUGGCGACAAAAUUCACGUUGACGACAAGGAUAACGGUGAAAAUUCUGUUUUAGCAAAGCUUUUCGAGCAGAUCAACUCGGGUGCUGCAGCAGUAAGUCUUUCAGCUGAACGACGACACGAGGUUCAGCGAGGAGUUGAAGCACGAGAGGCAGAGUUGAGGAAGAUACUAUCCGUCACUCAUUAUUUAAUCAGACGGAAGGCUGGUGAGAACCUCAAGCCUGUCGCGCGUAAUCCAGGUGUUGUCGACGACACUGCUACCCACGACAGGGAGGACUCUGAUUCUUCGUUUCCAAUCAGUCGACACCAGGCUGUCCAUCGCGCGGAUUCGUCUGCCUCCUUGACGGGAUCAAUUUCAGAGAAGUUAGCAGAAGAAGAUGUAUCUACAUUGCAGGAGCAGGCGCGAGUUCUCGAGUCACAGAAUCAGUAUUUGGAGAUUCCGUAUGAAAGUAUUCACAUACUCAGCGGCAAGGAGAAUGAAUUGGGUUGCGGGAGGGCGGCUACCGUGUACCGUGGGCUCUGGAUGAAUCAAAAUAGUGCUGCUGAAGUAGCUGUGAAAUCUUUCCGGUACGCUCGAUUGACCGAUAAGAUUCUUGGCGAUUACAGAAGAGAAGUGGCAUUGCUCCGAAAAUUGAAGCACCCAAACAUUGUCUUAUUCAUCGGAGCAUGCACGGAUCCAAAGCUGAUGAUUUUGACGGAGUAUUGCUCUCGCAAAAGCUUGUUCGAAGUGAUUCACAGCAACAAUUUCGAGACGAUUCCUUGGAAGUUCAAAGUACGAAUGAUGCUCGAUGCAGCACGAGGAAUACAAUAUCUGCACUCCAUGCGUAUUAUUCACCGCGAUAUCAAGUCUCACAACUUCUUGGUGGACGAUGACUGGCGAGUCAAAGUGGCCGACUUCGGUAUUAGCAAGGUGCUCGAUACGGACACUGCAUUUACGCAAUGUGGUACAACUGGAUGGGUUGCUCCCGAAGUUCUGUUGGACGAAGAUUUGGGGUACACAUUUAAGGCCGACAACUGGAGUCUUGCCAUUGUGAUGUGGGAAAUGAUCGCCGGCGGAUUGCAGAACCCGUUCAUCGGAAUGGCCCCGAUCAAGUUCUACAACAAGACAAUCAACGCCGGCAUCCGGCCUCCGAUUCCGGAGGGCAUGGACAGCGAGUACAUCGAUCUCAUUACUGAAUGCUGGAAGUCGGACGCGGCUGAGCGCCCUUCGUUCGACGUGAUCGUGGCUCGACUGGAGCAGAUGUUGCUGGAUUUAGGCGCCAGUAUCGACCUUCCGCCAACUUUCCAGGGGGGUUAUCACCAGGCUGGGGUGGAAGCAACCCCGACGUUGUUGUGA